GCCGCGCCAAUUCACAAGCAUUUGUCCAUCCACAGGAACGGAGAACUCGUGCGGAGGGCUCGUGGCCCCACUGCUUUCUGCCCUCGUCCACCCAAAGGGACACGGAUAUGAAGUAACACCACACCAGACACUACAGACCCGCACAGGAACCUCUGGACUAUCGGGACCGGCCUCCCGGGGAUCGAUGGGCUGGGAGGGUCGUUUCUGAGUGAAAUCCCACUCUCUGGCUGGAGACACAGAUGGCCUCAAAUGAGAGAGAUGCCAUAUCGUGGUAUCAGAAGAAGAUUGGAGCAUAUGAUCAGCAGAUAUGGGAAAAGUCAAUCGAACAGACUCAGAUUAAGGGCUUCAAAAACAAACCAAAAAAAAUGGGCCACAUAAAGCCAGACUUGAUUGAUGUUGACUUAAUCAGAGGCUCAACAUUUGCCAAAGCCAAGCCUGAGAUUCCAUGGACAUCUCUCACUCGGAAGGGGCUCGUUCGAGUGGUGUUUUUUCCGUUGUUCAGCAGUUGGUGGAUUCAGGUUACCUCUCUCAGAAUCUUUGUUUGGUUGCUGCUGCUUUACCUCAUGCAAGUCACAGCGAUCGUGUUGUAUCUCAUGAUGCCUAUUGUGAACGUGAGUGAAGUGCUUGGACCGUUGUGCCUUAUGCUCCUCAUGGGAACUGUCCACUGUCAGAUUGUGUCGACUCAGAUAACGAGGCCAUCAGGAAACAAUGGCAGUAGGAGAAGAAGAAAAUUACGAAAAACUGUAAAUGGUGAUGGGAGCCGAGACAAUGGAACUAACUCCCCUGAUAAAGUCAGAGCCGUAGAAACUCUGGAAUCUGCACCCAGUGUUGGUGGGUUUUGGGGGACUCUCUUUGGCAACAGGAUUAAAAGGGUGAAAUUAGUAUCUAACAAAGGGACUGAAACUGAAAAAGACUCAGGCUGUCUCCAUCCUAUCAUUAAGAAGAGACAGGGUCGACCAGAGAUCAGAAUGUGGCAAGCAAGAGAGAAAGCGAAGGUUUCGGAUGGAGAAAAGUGCCGUAGGGAGGCUUACAGGCGUUUGGGCAAUGGAAUUUCAGAUGAUCUGUCAAGCGAGGAGGAUGGUGAAGCGCGGACACAGAUGAUAUUACUGCGUAGGAGUGUGGAAGGGGCGUCCAGUGACAAUGGCUGUGAAGUGAAGACUAGAAAAUCCAUACUGUCAAGGCACCUAAACUCUCAGGUAAAGAAAACCACGACAAGGUGGUGUCAUAUAGUACGGGAUUCAGAUAGUCUGGCUGAAUCAGAAUUUGAAUCGGCAGCCUUCAGCCAGGGUUCUAGGUCCGGUGUGAGUGUUGGCUCUCGGAGCCUUAACUUGUCAAGAAGAGACUCAGAAAGCACCCGCCAUGACUCAGAGACUGAGGAUAUGUUAUGGGAUGACCUUCUCCAUGGCCCAGAGUGCCGGUCAUCUGUCACCAGUGACAGUGAGGGGACUCAUGUAAACACCCUUCAUUCAGGGACCAAACGUGACCCCAAAGAAGAUGUUUUUCAGCAGAAUCAUUUAUUCUGGCUUCAGAAUUCAAGUCCUGCCUCUGAGCGAGUUAGUGCAAUAAUCUGGGAAGGAAAUGAGUGUAAAAAGAUGGACAUGUCUGUGUUGGAGAUAAGCGGCAUCAUCAUGAGCAGGGUCAAUGCAUACCAGCAAGGAGUCGGCUAUCAGAUGCUGGGGAACGCCGUCACCAUUGGCUUAGCAUUUUUCCCGUUUUUAUAUCGACUUUUCCGAGAGAAGAGUUUUGAUCAACUGAAGUCCAUCUCAGCAGAGGAGGUCCUAACCCUCUUCUGUGGGGCACCGCCUGUCACACCUGUUGUUAUUUUGUCUAUAAUUAAUUUUUUUGAAAGAUUGUGUCUUACUUGGAUGUUUUUCUUCAUGAUGUGUGUGGCAGAGAGAACAUACAAGCAGAGAUUUUUAUUUGCAAAACUCUUCAGCCAUAUUACUUCUGCCAGGAAAGCCAGGAAAUAUGAAAUACCUCAUUUUAGACUCAAAAAGGUGGAGAACAUUAAAAUAUGGUUAUCGCUGCGCUCCUAUCUGAAGAGGCGGGGUCCACAGCGCUCAGUGGAUGUGGUUGUGUCGUCUGUCUUCUUGCUGACACUCUCGAUUGCUUUCAUUUGUUGUGCACAGGUUCUUCAAGGCCACAAGACAUUCCUGAAUGAUGCUUACAACUGGGAGUUCUUGAUCUGGGAAACAGCACUGUUGCUGUUCUUGCUUCGCUUGGCCUCCCUGGGGUCAGAAACCAACAAGAAGUACAGCAACGUUUCCAUCCUGCUCACUGAACAGAUUAAUUUAUAUCUUAAAAUGGAAAAAAAGCCAAAUAAGAAAGAACAGCUCACUCUAGUAAACAAUGUAUUGAAGCUGUCCACCAAGUUGUUAAAGGAGCUGGACACACCAUUUAGACUCUAUGGACUGACCAUGAACCCCUUAAUCUACAACAUCACAAGAGUAGUCAUCCUUUCUGCCGUCUCAGGAGUUAUAAGCGAUCUUCUAGGAUUCAACAUAAGACUGUGGAAAAUUAAGUCCUAAGCUGAGUCGUGUGCCUGGAUUCUUUUCUGGCUGGUGUCACUGCUCGCCCACUGAGGACAAAGAUGGCUCACUGAAACCAGCGACCCUUGCCAGCUCACAUGCAUAAACCUCUUUGCUCAGCCCAGCCUAACGAAUGGAGUUUCCAGAGGGCACAUCCUUUCCCUGGGCAUGCGUGUGAAAACCUGCACUUUCAUGGUCUCAAGCAACGUGAACAGUCAGCAAACAAAAGCCUGCCUGACUGACACUGGACCUUCUGAGUCAGGACAUUUAUCCUGGACCCUCCAGUACUGUGCUAGUUAUAUUUACUAGAAAUAGUCUUUUGGGUAACCAUGGUAGAUGCCCAAAGCAUGAAGCAAUUAUCUUUUAUUGGAAAUAUGCAAAUGCAGUACUUUUCUAUUAUAGUCUAUGGAUUGGGGAUUUCUCUAUCAAAGAGAGAGAAACUAUUUUAGGUUGAAUCUAAAUAAAAUAACUUUACUGGAGAA